AUUCACUAUGACAGAUCCUCACUCCAAUUUAUUCGAUGGAUGGUUCAAGUUCAUGCUCCUACACCCUCACUACUCUUCUUCUUCUCAAUCCAAAUUGUGUUCAUCAUACCCUUUUGCUUACUCAAACAACUGGUUUGGAAUUCAAUCCGAACCCUCAUCUUCCUCUGCAGUUCCUCCACCUCCUCCUCCUCCUCCUCCAAGAGAGGCUCUUCCUCUCAUUAACAAGUUAAGCCUCAUCACAAAUCAGCAUGGAAAUGAACACUCAAACAGUAAUAGUGCAAUAGAAGACAAACAUGAGAGUCUUUUGACUGGUCCUGAAGAUGAUGAUGAAACUGUGACUGUUGCCCUACACAUAGGGCUUCCUAGAAUGGGUAGUACUACUUCUGAUCUGGGGUUGAGGAUGGUCCCAACUUCAAUAGAAAUGGCUGAAAAAGAGGACGUGAAUAUGAUUUCUGAACAGCCUUUGGAUAAAUUGAACAAGGGUCAGUAUUGGAUUCCCACCCCUUCACAGAUUCUCAUUGGUCCUACUCAGUUUUCAUGUCCUGUGUGCUCUAAAACUUUCAACAGAUACAAUAAUCUUCAGAUGCAUCUAUGGGGACACGGAUCUCAAUACAGAAAGGGACCUGAUUCUCUUAAAGGAACACAACCAACAGCUAUGUUAAGGCUUCCAUGCUUUUGUUGUGCACCAGGCUGCAAGCAUAACAUUGACCACCCAAGAGCAAGGCCUCUGAAGGAUUUCAGAACCCUUCAAACACAUUACAAGAGGAAGCAUGGCAUAAAACCCUAUAUGUGCAGAAAAUGUAGCAAAGCAUUUGCAGUAAAAGGUGAUUGGAGAACACAUGAGAAGAAUUGUGGGAAAAUAUGGUAUUGUUUAUGUGGGUCUGAUUUCAAACACAAAAGGUCUCUAAAAGACCACAUCAAAGCCUUUGGAUAUGGCCAUGGAGCUCUUGGCAUUGAUUGCAUGCAAGAAGAAGAUGAAGCAGCAUCCGAAAUUGAACAUGAUGGGGAGAGCUCAUUGUGAAAGUUGGUAAAACAAAAAUUGAGGUGAAUUCUUAUUAAGUUUCACAUACAUGCUUGUAGUACUUUGCCUAAUAAUGAGUGUAGGUCUAUUUUCUUGUUUUUCAUAAUCUAUAAUA